AUGCCGCGUGUGACGCGAUCAACAGCCAAGGGCAGCCUCAGCGAAGAGCUCAAAGAAGAUGGCCAGGGCAAACUUACGGAUUAUUUUCGGACAACACGCCCUGGACGUAGACCGGGGAAGAAUGCGAAGCUUGGCACAAACGACGCCCCAAUCGCUAGCUCGGAAAUGAUACUGCCCGAAUCGGGGAAGCUGCCCAGCCCGCCAAAAUUGAAACGCGUCGAGGAACCCGAGCCAGUAGCUAAAGAUGCUGCUGCGCCAGCCGAAGGUUCGAGACAGACGUUGCCACUCAAAGAAAAGGCGACAACCCCAAAGCGUGUGGCCCGGAAAUUGUUUGCUGAAGAGUCCCCCAUCAAGCACGAGGAAGCAGCUACUUUGGAAGAUCCUAACCUGGAGAGCACGGCGGCGCCUAUAGAUUUGCUGCUCAAGAGCGAACGAACGCCCACCCGUGCAAAGCAGUCUGUCCGAACCGUUCAGGAAUUACAGAAAAUUUUGGCGGAACGGGGCGCGGCGAAGAACAUCCACAAGCAGGCCGUGGAAAACAAGGAACGACGGGCUGUCAGCGCAUUGGCCGCACGGCUUUCGCCCAAGAAAACUGUUACUACAAGGAUUCUCAGCGUUGCCGAGGAGAAGAAGGCUGCUCCCACAAAACUUUCGACAGUUUCUGUCCCUGAUUAUGUGCUCCCCUCCACGGACGCCCUGAAGCCGCAAGUAAAUCUGCGCGAGACGACCCCGGAGCCUGUAACCUCCGACUACAAAACAAAGAGCAGCCUGCUAAAACCGGAAGUGAAAGAAUCGGCUUGGAUCGCCUUGUCGCGAGUAUAUGCCCAGCUACACAACAAAUUCCAGUCCGGCGACCGCGUCCUGUCGAUUAUGAGCCAGCAGGGCAAGCGCAUCGUCUUUGAAGAUUUGGCGGAGAAUAUCCGGAAGAAUAUUAGGCAAAACUUUGUCCUCAGCGAUUUCGCCAAGAUUGUCCACCUCUACAAGGAGGCGUAUAAUGUGAAAUUGGAGGAGUCGUGGCAGGCAUUUGGCGGCGCUCAACGUGGAAAGUGGCAGUUGGUGAUCAGCCCGAAUGUUACAGAUGAUCUACGCGGCUGGCAGGUCGAGGAAGCAGCUUCCAAAGAGCUGUCAGGCGAGCUGCCGUUGUCCCGGCCGUCACAACUCUGCUCACCCACGAAAAGCCCGAGAAAGGUGGCAUGCAAGCCGUUGGCUAGAGCCCCAAAACUGGAAGACAAGGUCCGACUUGAGGGUUGGCGGAUGCUUUGCCGGGCCCAGAUUUUCCGGCACAAGCUCACCGAAUUGGUGCUGCGAGCUCAUGCUGCUUUUUGCGAAUCUGUUGGGGUUAAAUUGGACGAAUCGAAGCCAUUGCGCCGUCUCCACCCCGGCUUCGACGUUGAAAAUUGCGAUGAAUUGGCCGAGGCAAAGCUGCCGGAACCGCCCAAGCUGGAAACUAACGGGGCAACGACGAUGGCCGACUUCAUGCGGAAACUAGAUGAAGCCCAGUUGCCGAAGGGCGCCAAGAAAGUCUUGGAGGCGCUGAAGAGUCCACAGAAAGCCACCGCAUCUGGUGUACCUCUUUCGCCGAAGAAAUUUGCCGAAACCGCGGCUGCAAAGGGCGGAAUGGGAGGCCUUUUGGCGAGGAUUCGCGCAAAGGAAGCCGCCAAAAAGGCCGUCGAGUCCGCGAUUGAUCCAGUGAAAGAGAAACGCAUAGCCAGGAUAGACAAGCUGAUUCUCGGAACUUUGCGUACACUCACGAGUGUCUUUGCAUUGAAGAAAACGCACAGCUUGGCGAUGACGGUGAUUGCGGAAAAUGUACUGCGCUCAACGCGAUUUUUAGCAUACGAAGAAGCUGUGGGCUGCGUCGAGUUAUUAUGCGAGAUUUCCCCGAAAAAUAUUUGUGUCUCGGAGGUUCAUGGCCAAAAAUACGUGCAGCUGACGAAAAACGACUAUGACGCAAUGCUGGCCGACCUCAAACAGGAGAAAGCUUUCCUCGCCAAU